AUGGCUUGCGACACCAGUCCUAAACUUGCGGUUCUUGUUGACGCUGAAAAUGCGCAGUAUUCCAUCAUUCGACUCUUGUUCACAGAGAUCGCAAAAUAUGGAACAGCUCAUGUAAAGCGGGCCUACGGGGACUGGACCGAUCAAAGUUUGAAAGGCUGGAGCAAUGAGCUUCUAAAUCAGUCUAUCCAGCCUAUCCAGCAGUUUGCGUAUACUCAUGGCAAAAAUUCAAGCGACUCAGCUAUGAUCAUAGACGCGAUGGACCUCUUAUACUCGAGUCGCUUCGAUGGCUUCUGCCUUGUCUCUAGCGACAGUGACUUUACCCCAUUAGCCACUCGAGUGCGCGAGUCUGGGCUCAUGGUAUUCGGAUUUGGAGAGCGCAAGACACCUAAAGCUUUUGUCGCUGCGUGCGACAAAUUUGUCUAUACGGAAGACCUUGUCCACCCUUCAGGGCUUGUGUCGCAUUCAGAUAGGGCUGAAGUUCCCCCAGGUCAUACUUCAGUCCACCAGGCCAACGAAGAUGAUCACCUUGCUAUUCGGCAGCAGAACAUGGCAGAGAUCCCUCUCGAUAACAGUGGGUGGGCUAGACUAUCUGAUGUUAGUGAGCAUCUCACAACUCAGCACCCGGAAUUCAGCAUCUCUACACACGGAUAUUCCAAGCUCAGCAAGCUACUGUCGGACUUGCCUGGUUUUGAUAUUGAACGUCGUCCUUCUCAAGCAGAAGCACCCCCGGAAUUAUACGUACGAAAGCGGGAAGCUUCUCCUGGAUCUGCAUAA